GGGGGGGGGGCUGCCGUAAAGCGCGGCGGUAGCCCCGCUUGCGGUGGGGAUGGUGACGGCGGCGCCGUUCCGCGCGUAGGGGCCGCGGGCAGAGCCUCCCCGGCCAUGCUGGCCGCCGCCUGGCUGGGCAGGGCGGCCGGGGCGCUGCUCCGUGGAGGGGGCCGCGGGCGGCCGGGCGGCGCCUUCUGCCUGGCGGCGGCGGGGAAGACGCCCGCCUCGAGCGAGCACCGGCGGCUGCUGCGGCGCCUCCUCAGCGGCGGGGCCGGCGGCGGCGGGGUCGGGCUGCCACAGCCUCCCCGGAGGCGCCGCGCCGAGCUGUAUGAAAAUCCCUGGACGAUCCCAAAUAUCCUCUCAAUGGCACGAAUGGGUUUGGCGCCAGUUUUAGGCUAUUUGAUUGUUGAAGAAAAUUUCAAUGUUGCACUGGGUGUCUUUGUUCUGGCUGGCGUAACAGAUUUGUUGGAUGGAUUUAUUGCACGAAACUGGGCUAAUCAGAAAUCGGCUUUGGGAAGUGCUCUUGAUCCUUUGGCUGAUAAAAUUCUCAUCAGUGUGCUCUAUGUAAGCCUAACUUGUGCAAAUCUUAUCCCAGUUUCACUUACUUCUAUGAUUAUCCUGAGGGAUGUAGCACUCAUUGCUGCUGUUUUUUAUGUGCGAUACAAAACUCUUUCUCCACCGAGAACACUCAGUAGGUAUUUUAACCCAUGUUAUGCUACUGCCCAAUUAAAACCAACAUUCAUUAGCAAGAUGAAUACAGCGGUUCAGCUAAUUUUGGUGGCAGCUUCUUUAGCAGCUCCGGUUUUCAAUUAUGUGGACAGCAUAUAUCUGCAGACGUUAUGGUUUCUGAAGCCUAUUUGAAAAGCGCCUGAAGAAAUCCAGUGAUUCCUGCUAGCCUAUAGGAAGGAAGGGAUCGAAUGAAAACAGGCAUACAGGAGGAUACCUCCUUAAAUAAUGGCUGUUCUUGCACUGCUGUCAUUGGAGAUCUGAACUGAUCUGAAUCUGAAUUGUAGCUGACAACAAGUGUUAGAGGUGCAGUUCUUUCUCCGAGCAGUUAGGUGAGAGUUCAGAACAAAGAGGCCGAACAGCAGAUAGUAGAAUUACUUACUAACUUACUUCACAGCAGGGUAAAAUCCACUUGUUACUUUCCUUUUAGAGGGGGAAUGGGGAAAGGGGGAGGGGAGAGAACACUAAAACCCAAAGCUUUUAAGGAACUAGGAAUCUUGAUCUUAACAGUAAAUGUAGUUUACGUCGUGUUGGAAAGCCAAAUGUAGAAUUGCAUCUGUAAAAGACACUUACCUUGCUGCUUGUCUGGGACUCUGGGAGCGACUUACCACGUUGAGAGUAAUGGAGGAACGCAGGGCGUAACUUAGCAAGGUCCUGUAUGAACACCCUCAAAAAUGACCUGAGUGAGUCUGGCAUUGUGCCUGGGGAGGGCAGUGGUGUCAGCCUGCGACACAGGGGCACUGCUCAUGUAGAAGUGUAUAUGAUUAUUAUGCAGCUUCUAGGAAGUGAACAGAAGCAGACCUCGUGCUUUAGCUUUGGAACUUGGUAAAAUGAUAAAUUCAAGUCUUGUGUGACUUGAACACUCCCCUUUCAUACUAUCAAGGGGUAGUUUCUCACAUCAGUCAGUUCUCAAGCUGGUAAAAAUUUUGUGGGCUACAAAUAUCGAAUCUUUGUCUUCCCUUCUCUAAAAGAAGUGCUCAUAUGGUAAAAAUCUGGCUAGCACACAGUUAAACAGAAGUAUGCUACAUAGUGCUGGAUGACAGUCCUUUUGUUUGUCUAAUCCUCCACCUAGCAUUGAAUUUCAGCCUGUGAACUGUAAACUGCCUUUCUGUAGGAAAUAAUCCUUGUCUGUGUAGUGAAAAAUACGAAAGGCGCUUGAAAACAACACUUUUUAUUAUUGUGCUUAGACUCAAGUGACUUACAGGAACUGUUUUCC